AUGCUCAGAGUGCUCGCACGCGCUGCACGAGGACUCUACGCACCUGCACGAACUUGCGCUGACCGCGCCAACCUCUUUGCCAGCUCGCUUCCUCCUCCCUUCUUCCCCAUGGCCGCCGAACUCUCCCACCCGCUCAUCGUGGACGGAUGGUUCCGUGAGAUCUCGGAGCAAUGGCCUGGGGAUGGCACUGCAGGUCAGGCCAUGACGCUCCGCGUCAAGAAGGUCCUCCACACCGAGAAGUCGCUCUACCAGGACGUCUUGGUGUUCGAGUCGACCGACCACGGGAACGUCCUUGUGCUCGACGGCGCUAUCCAGUGUGUCGAGCGCGACGAGUUCUCCUACCAGGAGAUGAUCGCGCACCUCCCUCUCGCGUCGCACCCGAACCCGGAGAAGGUCCUCGUCAUCGGUGGUGGCGACGGCGGUGUCCUUCGCGAGGUCCUCAAGCACCCGAGCGUCAAGUCGGCGACGCUGUGCGACAUUGACGAGGCCGUCCCGCGCGUCUCGAAGCAGUUCCUCCCGCACAUGGCAGCCGGCUUCAACGACCCUCGCGUGACCGUCUUCAUCGGCGACGGGUUCAAGUUCCUCGACGACAAGAAGAACGAGUUUGACGUGAUCAUCACCGACUCGUCCGACCCCGUCGGCCCGGCCAACUCGCUUUUCCAGAAGCCGUACUUCCAGCUGCUCAAGGAGUCGCUCCGCGAGGGCGGUACGAUCUCGACGCAGGGCGAGUGUGUCUGGCUCCACCUCCCGCUCAUCAACGACCUCAUGUCGAUGUCGCGCACGCUCUUCCCCAAGGCCGAGUUUGGCUGGACCUCAAUCCCGACCUACCCCUCGGGCACGAUCGGUUUCGUCGUCGCCACCCUCGACGGCAAGCGCGACCUCCGCACCCCGCUCCGCGACAUUCAGGGCUGCCGCUACUGGUCCAAGGCGAUCCACCGCCAGGCGUUCACCCUCCCCGCCUUUGCCCAGGCCGUCGUCGACAAGAGCCUGAAGCCCGCCGCGCCCGCUAACGCCCAGCCGAAGAAGGUCCUCCUCCUCGGAUCGGGCUUUGUCGCCCAGCCCGCCGCAGAGUACGUCCUCCGCCGCGCGGAGAACUCGCUCGUCGUCGGCUGCCGCACGCUCGCGACUGCCCAGCAGUUCGUCGAGUCCCUCCCCCGCCCUGCGACCGCCAUCGCCGUCGACUCGUCCGACGAGGCCUCGCUCGACAAGGCCGUUGCCGACUGCGACCUCGUCAUUUCGCUCAUUCCGUACACCCAGCACGCCAACGUCAUCAAGAGCGCCGUCAAGCACAAGAAGGACGUCGUCACCACCUCGUACGUCUCGCCCGCCAUGAAGGCCCUUCACGACGAGGCUGUCGCCGCCGGCAUCACCGUCCUCAACGAGAUCGGCCUCGACCCCGGUAUCGACCACCUCUACGCCGUCAAGACGAUUGACGAGGUUCACCAGGCCGGCGGCAAGGUCAAGGGCUUCCUGUCGUACUGCGGCGGUCUCCCUGCUCCCUCGGCUGCCGACAACCCCCUCGGCUACAAGUUCUCGUGGUCGUCGCGCGGCGUCCUCCUCGCGCUCCUCAACUCGGCCAAGCUCUACUCCAAGGGCCAGCUCGUCGAGAUUGACGGCAAAGACCUCAUGAAGCACGCCAAGCCGUACUACAUCAACCCCGCUUUCGCCUUUGUCGCGUACCCGAACCGCGACUCGACGCCGUUCCGCGAGUUCUACAACAUCCCCGAAGCCGAGACGGUCGUCCGCGGCACGCUCCGCUACCAGGGCUUCCCCGAGUUCAUCAAGGCCCUCGUCGACAUCGGCUUCUUGAACGAGUCGCCCGUCGAGUACCUCGCCAAGGGCGCCCAGGCCCUCCCGUGGGCCGAGGUCACCCAGCGCGCGCUCGGUGCCCAAACCGCCGACGAGGCUUCUCUCAUCGCCGCCGUCAAGACCAAGACGCAGUUCCCCUCGGCCGAGGAGGAGGAGCGCAUCAUCUCGGGCUUGCGCUGGAUCGGCAUCUUCUCGAACGAGCCCGUCUCGAACCGCGGCUCGCUCCUCGACACCCUCUGCGCGACUCUCGAGGCCAAGAUGCAGUACGAGAAGGGCGAGCGGGACAUGGUUAUGCUCCAGCACAAGUUUGAGAUCGAGAAGGCGGACGGAACCAAGGAGGUCCGCACAUCGACGUUGCUCGAGUACGGCGCGCCGACUGGCAGCGACGGCCCGUCCUUCAUGGCGGUCUCUGUUGGCCGCACCUGCGGUGUCGCGGUCCAGCUCGUCCUCGACGGCCAGAUCAAGCAGAAGGGAGUCUUUGCUCCCUACACUCGCGACGUCGUCGACCCUCUCCUCGCGGCGCUCGAGGCCGAGGGCUUCUACAAAAUGGUCGAGAAGGUGCAGUAG